AUGUUCUGGCGAGUCGAUCCCGAGCCUGAUCUUGAACGUUCCGCUGGACAAGAAGAUCUUCAAUUUGAUGAUCCGUCCUGGAUAAUCGAUCACCACCGCCGUAACAUCAUUUUAAAGAUUUUCAAACCAGAGGGAGCCUCCUCGACAAGGUCUGGGGACACCCCGUCUUCGCUAAAUGCUCAAGUCCAUGUUGAGUCGAAAAAUUCGCGGAUUCACGAUCAAAGAGAGAGAGAAUAUAGCUAUCGUAUCAACUUUUCCGAGCUGCAGCGGCUGUACUUGAGGAAACUGCAACACAAACUGGUUCAGAAUGCGGUCGAUUUGAGGUACAAUGCUAGUGAACCUGCUGGCUGGGCCGAGGAUUUGAGAGAAUAUGUACAAGCGCUGCAAGAUUACGACUACAUGGGAAAACACACCCGACUUUCCAAGGAUCCGUUUUACGUAACCGGCGAACGGUUCAUAGAACGCUGCAUGUUGCACGCCGCCAUGAAAAACCGAGAGAACGAUAUAGAUCCUCUUCAGUAUUCGGACUCUGUCGGCGAAUGGGAAAAAGAAGGCAUCCAACCGGUAUCUAUCGGUGGAACCCGCGACAGAAACUUUCAUCAGGCUUGGGUCAAGGAUUUCAGAAAACGCAUUGGUGUAGCCAUGGUAGGCGGCAUUUUCCUGAUAGCGCCCAUGUGGUUGAUGGUCCUGCACAAUACUCUCUAUACAUCGCUGAUUGCGACGACUGUGUGCGUGGCUUUGUUUGGGUUGUUGAUGGCAUCGGUGCUCGAGAAGCCGAUUGAUGUCAUGUCGAGUACUGCUGCGUAUGCUGCUGUGUUGGUUGUUUUCGUGGGAUUGACGACUAGCAAAAGCGGUUAG